AUGGCUAACAACGUGACCGCUACCAAAGAGGCUACUAAGCGUACAUUCACCUGCAGUUUCUUCCGUGAGGAUAUGACACAUCUGAUUCAGUUGAGCACUUUAGUUACUGGGCAUAACUUGGAUGCGUUCAGAAAGACGUAUGGCCAUAUUUUGCACAUGUUGACUUCUCACAUUGAUGAAUGGGCUCUAUACACGCUUCUUCAGUUCUAUGAUUCUGUGCUACGCUGUUUCACCUUUCGAGACUAUCAACUGGCUCCUACCCUUGAAGAGUAUGCUGACAUUCUCAAGAUUAAGGUUCAACGUAACUGGAAGCCUAAUGGUGGAACCCACGUAUUCCAUGUGAAAUUUCUGAUAAAGAAGGCCGACGCCCUUGCUGUUGAGAAGAAAUGGAAAGAAUUCAACACUCUCCUAGCCGUUAUGAUCUAUGGUUUGGUGUUGUUCCCGAAUAUUCCAAAUUUCGUCGAUCUAACUGCUGUUUGUCUCUUCAUGGAUCAAAAUCCUGUGCCCACUCUUUUAGCAGAUACUUAUUAUACCAUUCAUUCCAAGUAUGGGAAGAAAGGAUCAGUUGGGGGUUGGUUACCGUUGCUAUAUGAGUGGUUCACUUCACACUUGCCUAAAAUUGGGCCGUUUGUUACGACGAAAGACUCACAGAAAUGGCCUCAAAGGAUAAUGAGGCUUACUGCAAACGACAUUGUCUGGUGUCCUAUCGGAAUGGGCAUAGAGGAAGUUAUAACUAGUUGUGGCACUUUUGAAAAUGUUCCCCUCAUAGGAACGAGAGGUGUUAUCAAUUAUAAUCCUAAGCUAGCGCUACGUCAGCUGGGUUUUGCACUUAAAGACAAGCCUUUAGACAAAGAGAUAUUCGAAUCCGUUUGCUUUGAGAAGGGAACUGAUCCAGAGGGAUUGAAAAAAGUAAGAAGCGCCUGGAAUAGCAUCCACACAGAUGACCAGACUUCCCUAGGUGAGAAGAAUGUCGUUGCCAACCAAGCCUAUACAAAUUGGGUCGAAGAUAGAGUUAAAGAUCGCCUGUUGCCUUUCCCGAAGGUUAACCCAUUGUACGAGCAACCACCUGAGGUCCCAACUGCCACUAUGCCUGCUGAGAAUUGCAUCCAAGCGAAUAUGGAAGGCACCCAGUUACAUGAAAAGAGUUUUGACGCGCAACUAAAACAUUAUCUUGUGGAUUAG